UAGCGAAACACGGUCUAAAUCACUAGUGUCUGUCAUCUACGUCUCCUAACAGCCUGUAAUGCUACCCAAUAAGGAUAUUCUGGUCACUUGGCAUUUUAAAAAAUAAGGAGACUGGUAAAGAGAAAGAAAGAAGGAAAGAAAAAGCAGGGGGUUAGGGUUUUGCGCAAUUGGGGAAGAAAAAGAAGGCAUGGGAGGGGGAAGGAAGAAUUUGAAGAGAGGUGUUGAAGAAGAAUUUUUGACCCUUGAAAAAGGACAAAGCAUUAUGCAAGUUCUGGACCUUCGAGGUUCCAACCUUAUUCAAGUAACGGAUGCGAAAGGUGAAACAUCAUUAGCAAUAUUUCCAGCUAAAUUUCAGAAGAGCAUGUGGAUAAAAAGAGGCAAUUUUGUUGUGGUUGAUGAGAGUGGCAGAGAGGAAGCUACUGAAUCAGGUAGAAAAGUGGGAUGUGUUGUUACGCAAGUACUCUAUUAUGAUCAAGUCCGUGUGCUUCAAAAGUCACCAGAAUGGCCUGAGAUUUUCAAAUCCACAGUAGUAGAGAGUUCAAAACAGGAUACGCAAUCACACAAUUCCCAGAUGGAUGAAAAUGAAGACUCAAGUGAUGAUGAUGGACUCCCUCCAUUAGAAGCCAAUACAAACAGAUUAAAUCCUUUUCAAAGGGAGUCGGAAACCGAGUCGGAUUCAGAUACUGAUCCCUGAUCCAUGUUUUGGGACAUUCAUGGCCUUCUUUUCUGCGGAUGAAGUAGGUGUAAAGGCAUUGCUUUCUUUGAAAGCUAUUAAUUGUAAAUCUGCUUGCUAUAGAGUAGUGAAUAUGUCAAGCCCACAUCUGGAGUGAGUGAACUUCUGAAUUUCCGCAUUCAAAAUUAUCAAAAAUCUGAGUUCUGGUACGAUUUUUUUAAUGCUAUGUUUCAUAGGAUGUUCUUCAAUAUUGCAAAAUAUGCAUAGCAUACUUUGUUUGGAAUUAACUCGUGAAUUAAGGCGAA